CGGGUAGCAGGUGCGCGCUGGAAGCCAGGUUGAUCGUAAUGCCGACAAGAUGGCAAUGUUACAAACUUUCCAGCAAGAAUACAUGCAAAUGCCCCCUAUUACGAGGGCAUAUACGACAGCAUGUGUAGUUACAACGUUACUGGUGCAACUAGAGGUCCUCACACCUUUCCAUUUGUACUUCAAUCCAGAGUUGAUAUUCUAUCAUUAUCAACUAUGGCGUCUAGUUACAAAUUUCACCUUCUUUGGGACGAUAGGCUUCAAUUUUCUAUUCAAUAUGAUCUUCCUGUACCGUUAUUGUCGCAUGUUGGAGGAGAGCUCAUUCCGAGGGCGGACGGCAGACCUGGUGUUCAUGUUCUUUCUCGGAGGAUUCCUUAUGACUGUUGUUGCCUUGUUUGUAAAUAUAGUAUUCCUUGGCCAAGCAUUUACAAUGAUGAUAGUUUAUAUAUGGAGCAGAAGAAACCCUUAUGUCAGAAUGAACUUUUUUGGUCUGAUGAACUUCCAGGCUCCAUAUCUAGCAUGGGUUCUGCUAGCAUUCUCAUGGCUGCUGGGGAAUGUUAUCACUGUUGAUCUUAUGGGAAUUGCCAUUGGCCAUAUUUAUUUUUACUUGGAAGAUGUAUUCCCAGAACAGCCUGGCGGUUUCAAGAUUUUAAAAACUCCUGCAAUUUUAGUGAUGCUUUUUGAUGCUCCAGCUGACGACCCUAACUAUGCUCCAUUGCCGGAAGAGGAGCGGCCUGGAGGGUUUGCGUGGGGAGGAGAGGGCAACCAACAAGACCAGGACCAAUAAGGAAACAGUCGGUGAAACAAAAAUCAUCAUCAGAAGGGAGUGUAUACUGGUGUGUGUGGCAAGCAUUUGGAUAUACGAUGUUCAGAACUCUUUGCAUAAAGACUUUGCAGCAUCACUUAGGACAAUAUUCUUGUAAAAAUUGAUGUCGUUGUAUACGAUGAGAGGAAAAGUGAGAAACUUUUAUAAUGUAGAAAGCUGUACAAGGGACACUGGAGGGAACAUUCAUGUAGAUUCUUCAUAAUUUUCAUAUUGAAAUACCUUACCGUGUGCUGAUUGCUAAUCUAAUCUGAUUUAUCCCGGUUUUAGAAGAUUUCCUUCCCAUUUUCACUUUGGACUGUUAUCUUUUUAGGUCUUGAUUCAAAUUGAAAAGUUUUUUUUAUCCCUCUUUUAGUUUUUUUACUUUCAUCAAUCAAUCUGUGAAAUUCUCAUUCCCACUUCUUGUGCAUCUGAGGUAGAUUUAUAAUCUGUUGGUGCCAUUAUGUUUUUGUUAGGACAUGGGAGUGUGUGCCUGUGCUUAUGCAUCAAGUUUCUGACUCUAAAUACUUUCCAAUGUUUUAUCUAUGUAUGGUGCAAUUCAGAUGCUGUAUUAUUUGAGUAUUUGGGGCAAAAGCAUUGUCAACCAGCCUGUAGAUCAGUAAAAGUUGAGGUUUAUGUUGAAUUUGGGCUUAAGUUGUUGACUAUGAUAAAUUUUGCCUUGAAGCUUACUUUAUCAUCCAAGAAUUCUCAUUUUCUGUACUGUCCAUUUCAUUGCACAUGAGAUAUUUUCAUCAUUAAAU